AUGGCAUACACCGAAUCCGAUUCAGCUCUUCUUCUACCAUCAGGCUCCGGCACAAAGGAAAAAGCACCAGAAGACAAAUGGCAUUUAGCGUACAUGAUCUAUUUCUUCCUUGGGUUUGGUUAUCUUCUUCCAUGGAACGCAUUCAUCACUGCCGUUGAUUACUUCUCUUACCUUUACCCUGAUGCAAGCGUGGAUCGAAUCUUCGCCGUUGUUUAUAUGGUCGUUGGUCUCUUUGGGCUUACGCUUAUUAUUCUGUAUAGACACAAAUCUCAUGCCUAUGUUAGGAUUAACAUGGGUCUUCCUCUAUUUGUUGUUUCGUUGCUUGUUGUUCCUUUGAUUGAUGCUUUUUAUGUUAAGGGUCGGGUCGGGUUUUAUGGUGGGUUUUAUGUUGCUGUCGGAGCGGUUGGGGUUGCUGGUGUGGCGGAUGCUUUGGUGCAGGGAUCUAUUGUUGGCUCUGCCGGCGAGUUGCCGGAGAGGUACAUGCAAGCUGUCAUCGCUGGCACUGCUGCUUCUGGGGUCGUUGUUUCUUUCCUAAGGAUAUUUACAAAAGCUGCUUACACACAAGAUGUCUCUGGCUUACAGAAGAGUGCAAAUCUCUACUUUGGUGUAUCAAUUGUGAUUAUGUUCAUAUGCAUGGUUUUAUACAGUUUAGUAAACAAACUUCCCAUUAUGAAGUACUAUGAUGAAAUUAAGAUUCAGGCAGUUGCGGUGGAAGACGACACCGGUCCUUCGACUGGAUCCGUAUGGAGGUCGACUGCAUGGGAAACUGUUGGAACAAUCAAGUGGUAUGGAUUUGGCUUGAUACUCAUUUAUGUUGUGACUCUUGCGAUAUUUCCCGGCUACAUUACAGAAGAUGUUCACUCUGAACUUCUCAAAGAUUGGUAUCCAAUUCUCCUUAUCACUUGCUUUAAUGUGUUUGACCUUGUUGGCAAAAGCUUUACUGCAGUAUACCUUCUGGAGAAUGCAAAAAUUGCUAUAGGAUGUUGUGUAGCAAGACUCUUGUUUUUCCCUCUCUUCUUAGGUUGCUUGCAUGGUCCGAAAUUCUUCCGGACGGAGAUUCCUGUCACGAUACUGACUUGUGUUUUAGGGCUCACAAAUGGAUAUCUUACGAGCGUAUUGAUGAUUUUAGCUCCUAAAACUGUCAAGUUGCAGCAUGCAGAGACUGCAGGGAUUGUGAGUGCAUUGUUCUUAGUUGUUGGUCUUGCUUCUGGGUCUAUAAUAGCUUGGUUUUGGGUCAUAUGA